ACACAUUACACAUUACACAUUACACAUUACACAUUACACAUUACACAUUACACGUGCGAGUCCGUGCAGUUGGGGGGGAGAGGCGGCAGAAUCGAGAUGCCCAGAGCCGCAAAAACCCACAGGGCCAGACCAGACCAGGACCGGCACUUUUUCAAUAGCUUCAACACUUCGCUUCUUCUUCGCUUCCUCGCCUCCUUUUUUAGUCCACCGCCAUCUCCAUUUCAUCGUGUUCCUUUUUGUUCUUCAAUAGCUGCAAUGCCUCAUUCAUUUCGUCUCUUGGUUUCGGUCUCUCGUUGUGCUGCAUCACCCUUUGUCGCCAGCUGUGUGUGUACUCUCGGCCUCAUUUAUAUCCACGUCAUGCCACCGCCGAGUACUACUACUACUGCCGUGUUAAUAGCCCCGGCGAAUACGCCGAUUUGCAUGGAAUAUUCCAUUCUUCCAUUUCUCCCGUCCGCUAGCGAGCACAUGGCUGUCUCCACUCUCCAUCUCAUAUUUCCGAAAUUACGUCGUUAGCCAGUCUUUGUGUAUGACUUCCCCCUUGGAACUCAGGCUUCAUCACGUGAAUCUGCGUCUCGAAGACUAGAGGGAUGUCCAAUAUGGCUGCCAACUCUG